AUUCAAAAUUCUAGAUUCAUGCAUCUCAAGUUUGGAAUAAUUAAGAAUGUUCAAGCAAGCAAAGCAAGCUAACCAAAGAGCUUAAUUGAUCACGAGGAAAACAUGGAAACCCACAACAAGCAAUUAUACGUUCAAAUUAUAUAUAGCUUCCAAAGGUUAAUUGCAUGCAAAUCAUAACAGUGUUUCUUCAAUAAUCAACACCAAUUUCUUAUAAUCUUCAAGUUCAUAUUAGUGGUUAAUUUUUUCAUCCUCAAAUAAUGGCCAAUGUUAGAGGUACUCCAAGGUAUGGAGUUAUAAGACCUAUGGCACGCACUCCAGUUGUUGAAGAGAUUGUACCUAAUUCUGGAUGGACAGAGGAUUCUACUGGCCAUUAUCUUCUAGUGGAUCUUCCUGAAUUUGUGAAGGAAGAUGUAAAGCUUCAAGUUGAUAGCAGUGGCCGAAUAGUUGUCAAGGGAGGAAGGCAGGCAAGUGAGCAAAAACGCGUUAAUUUUCACCUGAGUUUUCCUGCGCCAGAGGAUUCUGAGGUUGAUAAGAUAGCCGGAAAAUUUGACGGGGGGAUUCUUUACGUGACUCUCCCUAAGCGAAUUGUACAAGAGAAGAACAAACAAAGUGACACAGAGGAGACUGGAAUUAGAAGUGUGGAAAGAGCAGAAGAACAUGAUAGCCAUAAAACCAAAGCUGAUAGUGAUGAUGAAGGGAGAGACCAUAAUCAACAUGAAGGGAGAGACCAUAAUCAACAUGUUGGUCAUGAAGUACACGAAGAAAGAAAUCUUGGUCAUGAAGAACACGAAGAAGAAAGAAAUGAAAAUGCGCACAUACCGGAUUUUACUGGACAAGUAACAAGAAAGUGGGAUCAAGAAACCAUGUUAAGAACUGCAGUGGAUAUUUUGAGUAAAAACAAAGGAAUUGUUGUCACUGCUGUUAUAGCCUUCUCCUUGGGGAUGUAUGUAUCUAGUAAAUUUCAAUUUUCAGAAGCACCAUAAGAAGUCCUUUGACCUGCAUCCAUUAAUGUAUAUCCACCACUUAAGUUCAAAAUAUUAUGUACCUAUAGAACAAAGUAUUAUGCAUAUAUUCAAACAUUAAAUAUACCUAUAUCUGAUAUAUCUUUCUUUGUUUCCAGUCUUAUUCUAAAUCUGUUAUAUGAUUAAUUUUAUAUGUCAGAACUCA